GUGAAAGAACAUCACAAGUUGAUUUCAGAACGGAGAUUUCUCAGCAAACAUGUUCAUAUCAUAUAGAAAACAUGAACCAGCACACUAUAUGCUCAAGAUUGAGUCGUUUUCCAUUCUUUCUGAAGCUGAAACGUGGAAGAUUGAGUCUGAUGUUUUUGAAGCCAGCGGUCAUAAAUGGAGACUAGAUUUAUACCCGAACGGAAAUGACCCGAAUGGAAAUGAUGAGGAAAAUGAGGGUAGCUACAUUUCUUUAUAUGUGGUGAUAUGUGACACAGAGGGUUACUCAAAUGGGUGGGAAGUCUGUGUUGAUGUAUGCUUUUUUGUUUAUGAUCACUUACAUGACAACUAUGCAACCUUUCAAGAUGCGAAUGGGCAUAGGACAAGGUUCCAUGAGAAUAAGACGACAUGGGGUUUUGACAAACUAAUAUCAUUGGAGUCUUUUAUGGAGGGUAAAAGCGGGUACCUUUUCAAAGAUUCGUGUGUGUUUGGAGCUGAGGUUUUUGUAGUUCCAGAGUUUACACAAUUAGAUCGGUGCCUAACGAUGACAAAGCCUCCAACAACUAUGAAUACUUACACUUGGAAAAUAAAUACAUUUUCAAGCGUAACAGAGGACGUUUUGUAUUCAGAUGUCUUCAAAGUUGGCAAAGUCAAGUGGAAAUUAAUACUCUAUCCCGAGGGAAACAUAUUAUGUAAAGGUACACAUUUGUCACUAUAUUUAGGUGUACAUGAUGCUGCUUCUUUAACUGAUGGUUGGAAAGUUUAUGCAAAAUUCAAGUUGCGGCUUUUGUCAUUGGAUAUCGAAGACGAUAUAGAGAUAGAAACUGAUGCCUGGUUCUGCAACUCCGUUAACGACUGGGGUUUUCACGGUUUUAUCCCACUGUGUCAACUUUAUGAUUCAGAAAAUGACUUCUUGAUGAAUGAUAAUCUUACAGUUGAAGUUGAGAUUGAAGUGAUGGGGACACUCAGAUAUUUCCUUUGAAAGAAUGUUGCUGUUGGUAUGCUUUGCUAGCUAUUUAAAGUUGAUGUGUGGAUUCGUACGUUACAUGUUACAAUAUACUUUGCAUUAUUGUGAUUGAUUUAAUUUAUUGUAUGAAAAUUGCAUAUUUAAAAUUAA